AUGGACUCAUGUCAAUGUACUAGCAAGCCUUCUCAUCCGUUGUACCGCAGACUCUUGCAAGACAAUGAGAUCCGUGUGCUCACCAUCCAUUCACAGUUUGAGUUCACCCUCAAGAAUGUAUCCUUGAAAAAUAACCCGCAAUACGUCGCAGUUUCCUACUGUUGGGGAGAUGAUGCCAACGAAAUUUGCAACGUGCGGAUCAAUGGCUAUGACUUCCAGCUUCGAAAGCAUGUAUUUGCGAUGCUGGAGGUCCUAUAUUGUCACCACAAAGAGCCCCGUGUCUGGUUAGACAUGAUAUACACUGAGGCCACGAAAGUCUAUGCUUGGCUAGGAGAAGCCGAUCCCGAAAUUGACUGCAUCUUCGACGUUUUGACGACGUUUCGCGACUGUAAAAGAGAGUUAGAACUACCUGCCCACUUAGAUGCCGCCGAACAACUCUCUUGCCACAGGGGGCUGUUCCGCAAGAUCUAUAGUGAAAGAGCUGGUGGCUUACCCAGGCGGAACCCAACAGAUGAUCCCACGUUGCAUGAAGAGUUCAACUGGCUCCGCCCGUUCUAUCUGCGGCCUUACUGGCGCCGGAUCUGGAUAGUUCAGGAGCUGGUGCUUGCCAAGGAGGUAGUUGUUUGUUGUGGGGACAAACACAUUGACUUUGACGACAUCUACGGACUUAGCCUUGAUUGGGGCUCAUUCGAACAAGGCUUCGAUAGGAUUGAAUUGGACGAGGCCAUAGUCGACGAGUUGAUUGGCAUCACCAAGGCGAAGAGCUCAUUAAGCAUGGUUCGCGUCCCGAAGAAGUUCAAUAUUAAUAUGCGGUAUCCAGCGAGGAUUUCCAAACGCUUACUUCAACGUCUAUUCCGCAGGCAGGGGUCGGAGAAGCAGGAGUCCAACUCAAGUAGAUGGAAGACCAUCCAGACUAUCCGCGGGCACCGACAACGUAGGCAACUGUUGUUAGGGGAGACGGAAGGAGAGGAUACAUCUCCAACGAUCUUCGACGGAGGGGAGGAGGGCCGAGGUCAAGUAAUCGUCACGAUGUCUAGGCGAGGCGACGUCGGAAAAUUCGACGAAGUGCUCAAGGUGUAUGCUCAGCACAGAUGCAAAUGUCCCAAAGAUAAAGUUUACGGCUUCCGUAAGCUAAUUUCAGCAUGGAAAGACAAUCUGGUGGUGGACUAUAAAAAGUCGGAUCUACAGGUCUUCCUGGAUGCUGCGAGAUUCGGUUUACUGAACCCGGAAGAGCACGGCGGACGGCACGUUGCAUAUUGGCUGUGGUCGGCAAUGGGGCUGGGUGAUCGCAAGGAGUUCAACAGCUGCCUAUGCGAGAAUUCCCUCGAGGUCUAG